UUGAUUGAUGUAUGCUAUAGAUAGAGUGUUGUAUUGACUAUUCUCAAAGACUAUAUAUAACAGUGAAUGCACAAAGUUUGAUGAGAAUUAUCACACCUUAUCUAUCUUCGUCUUCAAGAUGGAACUCCAACUCUUCUCACCCCAAACCUUCAUUCUUCUCUCCCUUCUCUUUCUCUAUCUCUAUCUCUAUCUUCAAUUAUUCCACAAUACACAACAAAACAAAAACAAAGGCUUCAAAAACUACCCUCUACUUGGAGUCUUACCGGAAUUCCUCAAAAACCGCCACCGCUUCCUCCAAUGGGCCACGCAAGUGCUCCGCGAAUGCCCCACCAACACAGCCGUAUUCUCUCGCCCGAUAAAUCUCCGAGGCAUCAUAACAGCAAACCCUCGCAACGUGGAACACAUGCUCAAGACCAAUUUCCACAACUACCCUAAGGGAGAACGCUUCAUCUACCUCCUACAAGACUUCCUCGGCAACGGAAUCUUCAACUCCGACGGCAACCUCUGGAGAGUUCAGCGAAAAACCGCCAGCUACGAAUUCAACACCAACUCUCUCCGAGCCUUCAUCAUCCACAACGUCACCGUCGAAACCCAAACCAGACUUCUUCCGAUUCUCUCCUCAGCCGCCCAAUCAAACAGAGUCCUCGACUUGCAGGACCUGUUGGAACGCUUCGCGUUCGAUAACGUGUGCAAGUUAGCGUUCAACGUCGACCCCGGCUGUCUCGGCGGCGACGCCACCGCCGGGGCGGAGUUCAUGCUCGCGUUCGAGGACGCCGCCAUGCUGAGUUCCGGAAGGUUCUUGAGUGCGUUUCCACUGUUAUGGAAAAUCAAAAGGCUUUUAAACGUCGGAAGUGAACGGAGGUUGAGAGAAUCGAUAUCCACCGUUCAUAAGUUCGCUGAUGACAUCAUACGGUCCAGAUUGGAAUCCAGGGGCCCCACUUGCAACGAGGAUUUACUCUCGCGUUUCAUUGAAACAGGGGAUAACUCGCCCGAGUUUCUCCGCGAUAUCGUCAUAAGUUUCAUUCUCGCAGGACGCGAUACGACGUCGUCUGCGCUUAGCUGGUUCUUCUGGAUUCUGUCUUCUAGACCGGAUGUGAAGAAAAAAAUCCGCCGUGAAAUUGGAACGGUGAGGGCCGUGACGCGCGUUGGCGCGUUCGGGUAUGAGGAGUUGAAGGAGAUGCAUUAUUUACACGCGGCGAUUUCGGAGACGAUGAGGUUGUACCCGCCGGUGCCUGUUGACACGAAGGCGUGUCUGAAAGACGACGUUUUGCCGGAUGGAACGAGGAUUGGGAAGGGUUGGUUCAUAUCGUACCUCACCUAUGCGAUGGGGAGGAUGGAGAGCGUGUGGGGUAAAGACUGUGAGGAAUUUAAGCCCGAAAGGUGGCUGGAGAAUGGCGCGUACCGACCCGAGAGUGCGUUUCGGUUUCCGGUGUUUCAUGCUGGUCCCCGAAUGUGUUUGGGCAAAGAAAUGGCCUAUAUUCAGAUGAAGUCCAUCGCUGCUUCCGUUUUGGACAAGUUUGAGAUUGAAACUUUGGAUCAGGACACGUGUCCUGAGCCUCUCUUGUCUUUGACGUUGAGGAUUAAAGGAGGGUUGCCGGUGAGAAUAAGGGUGAUCCACGGAUGCUAGUGUUUAGUGUCCGUACUUAAGUGAGCUACCACCUUCAUUUCCAUUCUCUCCUUUCCAUCCACCAUUGCAUGCUUCAUGGGACUUUCAUUACCGUUCUGCAAAUACUUUUCAUAUAAUAUCACCUAUUUUAAGGAAAUAAUUUUAUAAUUAAAAAAUGUUUAAAUGUAACACGUUAACAGGUUAUGAUUAAAUAAAUGUUCAUGUAUCAUGUAUUUUUCUUUCUCUAAAAUAUCACAUGGUUGCAAAUAUAUAUAAGGUGGAUGGAUAUAAAAUGCUUUCGCGGAGUAAACUCACAUUCAGUAUAUCUCACAUCAGGUAGAUUAGCUAUUCAUUGAAGAUUACAAGUAUUAGUCGUAUUAGAUUUUACGCACUGAACAUGCACGUUGGUUUCUAAAGAGUGGUGUGACUAACAUUAAUUUGUGAUUAUAUAGAAACAAUCAAUUUAAUUGUUAUAUUCUUAUGGACCGAUAUAUCUGUCACUAGUAAAUUUUGCAUGGAUAAUGAAAUGCAGUAUACUCUUCUGAUUUAGCAAUAGAUGGUGUUCCAAUGCAAUAUUUCAAGACCGCGUACUGAGUGUAUGCUUUUCAUUUUAGAAUUGAGGUGCAUCCAUUUCAAAACCCAGUUGAAAGUAUUAGUAUACGAAUCUUAUUAUUUCACAUUAUUAUUUUUUAUAUUCAUUUUAUAUCUCUAAGGAAGGACUUUUUUGUUGUUCACUUUUGCUCCUAUAUGUAUUGAAUGAUUUGAAAUUUUACAAAAGUAAAAUGGUGAGAAAAUGGCAUGAAAUAGAAUACUUUUCUAUAGCAUUUAAUUUCUUAUAAGUAAUUUUAUUUAUUAAGGCCAAGGGAUUAUCUCUUCAUUUUGUUUAAAGGGAAUGAACUGAUAGAGAGCAGCAGCGCAUG